AUGUCCAACCUCGAUUGCCACCCACGCGUUCUCUCUCUCAGCGCCGGUUCUUCUGGAGACUCAACGCCAUUCUCGCAAUCACGCCGUGAAUCCCACGAGUCCGCUCACGACGCGCACCACUUCGUGCACCUGGAGAAGACAGACUCGAAGCUCAACCAGUCCCUGAAGAAGAUGUGGAAGGACAUCAAGAACCACGCCGCCGAGCACCACCGAAGCGUGAACGCGGCGUAUCAGGCCACCCAUGGCGCCGGAGUGAGGAGUUUGUGA